AUGGAAGUCGGAGAGGAAGAAGGAAACACAGUUGAGAGGAUUUUUGUUGCGAUCAGAGUUAGGCCUUUGAACGAAAGGGAAAAAGCGAGACAAGAUGUAUCAGAGUGGGAAUGCGUUUCUCAUAACAGCGUCAGGUUGAAGAACAAUGGCCAUGCCGAACCGCGAUCACCGACGGAUACAUAUACAUUUGAUAGGGUGUUUGGGGAAAAGUGUCCUACUAAGCAAGUUUAUGAGCAAGGGAUUAAGGAUGUUUCCCUUUCAGUAGUUAGGGGUAUCAACUCUAGCAUUUUUGCAUACGGGCAAACAAGCAGUGGAAAGACGUAUACCAUGACGGGAAUUACUGAACUUGCCGUGAGUGAUAUAUAUCAAUACAUAGAAAAGCAUAAAGAAAGAGAGUUUGUUGUGAAGUUCUCUGCCAUGGAAAUUUAUAAUGAAGCUGUGAGAGAUCUUCUCAAUUCAAAUGCUACCUCACUAAGACUCCUUGAUGAUCCAGAGAAAGGGACUGUUGUCGAGAAACUUACUGAGGAGACUCUGACAGAGAGAAGUCGGUUGCAGCAACUUAUAUCAAAAUGUGCAGCUGAAAGGACAACAGAAGAGACUGCCAUGAAUGAAACAAGCUCCAGAUCUCAUCAAAUUCUUCGACUGACAGUUGAAAGCAAUCCGGGUGAUUUUGUAGGCACUGCAAGAUCUGGUGCACUUUUUGCCAGUGUGAAUUUUGUGGAUCUAGCAGGAAGUGAGCGUGCUUCUCAAGCAUUAUCAGCAGGGACAAGAUUGAGAGAAGGUAGCCACAUCAAUCGCAGUUUACUGACACUCGGAACAGUAAUCAGGAAACUAAGCAAGGAAAGAAAUGGGCACAUACCUUACAGAGACUCUAAGCUUACUCGCAUUCUGCAUAACUCUUUAGGAGGCAAUGCCAGAACAGCCAUCAUUUGUACAAUUAGUCCUGCCCGCAGCCAGGUUGAGCAAUCCAAAAAUACUCUAUUUUUUGCUGCUUGCGCAAAACAGGUGACUACUAAUGCUCGGGUCAACGUCGUGAUGUCAGACAAGGUUUUGGUAAAGCAACUACAAAAGGAAUUGUCUAGAAUGGAGAAUGAGUUGAAGAGCUUAAAUACCAUCGUACUAAAGGAAAGGGAACUUCAGAUUAUACAGAUGGAUAAGGAAAUUAAAGAUUUGACUCGGCAACGUGAUCUCUUUCAAAAUUUGCUCAAGUCAGUUGGAAAAGAUGGGGUUUUAAGAGUAGAUCAAGAUUGGGCCUCAGAAUGGUCAGGUGUUGCUAAUGAUCCUAGUCCAGUUAGAUGCAUCAAUUCUGGGCAUUUUGACAGAACUACAUCCAUUUCGUCUAUUUCCAAUGAGCACCUUUUCAAGCAAUCUGAGAAUUCUGAAGACAACUUUCUCUUGGAUGGUUGUCCUCCCACGUUUGUUGGGCCUGAUCCAUGUCAAGGUUGGGAGGAAAUGGAUAGGAGAUCUGAAUCUAGAGAUAACUGCAAGGAAAUACCGUGUAUUGAAAUAAAAGAAGUAGAAACGGAACACAAAACAGAUAUUAAUAUGUCCAUUCCUGCUUCUGAAGAAAGUGAAAGAAAUUCACCCGUGCUUCAAUUUAAGGAAGUAGAUGAUAAAUCAUCCUCAGGAAAUGGGCAUGGUGAUCAAUAUGCUCUUCAGCAAAAAACUGAGGACAUUAAAAGGACCAAGGACCAUCUUGUAGACCUCUCUGAAAAAUAUAAUGACACAUUUGAAUCCAAAUCUAGAUGCUUGGCUUCCAUGUCUCCUCAAGUAGAUAAGGUUGAUCAGGAAGAUUCGCCACAUUCUCAAUUCGGUAAGUUGGAGCAGAAUGUGUCACCUCCUUCGUUUAAUAAGCUAGACCAGGAAUCCACAUCACCUCUUCAGUCUGAUCAGGAAGAUUCUCCACAUUCUCAAUUUGGUAAGUUGAAGCAGAACGUGUCACCUCUUUCGUUUAAUAAGCUAGACCAGGAAUCCACGUCACCUCUUCAGUCUGAUCAGGAAGGUUCACCACAUUCUCAAUUCGGUAAGUUGAAGCAGAAUGUGUCACCUCCUUCGUUUAACAAGCUAGACCAGGAAUCCACAUCACCCCUUCAGUCUGAUCAGGAAGAUUCACCACAUUCUCAAUUCAGUAAUUUGGAGCAGAAUGUGUCACCUCCUUUGUUUAAUAAGCUAGACCAGGAAUCUACAUCACCUCUUCAGUCUGAUCAGGGAGAGCUUAAAACUGUGUCACCUCCUGAACUUGAUGAUCUGGACCAAGUAUCAUUCAAAUUUCAAGCUGGUGUUGAUAAGGAAUAUUCUCUUCAGUCUGAUCAGGAACCCACAUCACCUCCUCAGUCUGAUCAGGAAUCCACAUCACCUCCUCAGUCUGAUCAGGAAGAGCUUAAAACUGUGUCACCCCCAGAACUUGAUGAUCUGGAACAAGUAUCAUUCAAAUCACCGGCUGGUGUUGAAAAGGAAUAUUCUACUAAUUUGGACCGCUUUCCUGAGAAGCUAUUCGAACCGAAGUUACGCGCUAAAAGAAGAAAAUCUUCUCUAAUUCACAAGAUGAAUGCUUCAGUGGAAGAUGCAGAAUCUGUUAUGGAUUCUGAUUCAGAGGAAACUUCCAGCGUCCUCAAUUUUGAACCAAGAAUGAACGAAAAUAAGCAGAAACCAGUGGACAUGGACAUUAAUAAUCUUAUGGUACCUGUGAGGAUGCCUCGGGACAAUAAAAAUGUGAACAGAGUAAGAGGUCUCAGUUUCCCGGGAGUUUGGGGGGAUUUAAUACCCUCUAAAUUUGAGAUGCAGCAGAGAGAUAUAAUCAAACUUUGGGAUACUUGCAAUGUGCCUCUUGUACAUAGAUCCUAUUUUUUCCUUCUCAUCCAAGGAGAAGAAGGUCUUGAUGUCACACCUAAUUCAAGUCUCGCGUCUCUGACUCGUGAGAGGAAAAUGCUCAGUAAGCAAGUGCAUAAGAAGUUUUCAAGGAGGGCAAAAGAGGAACUAUACCUGACGUGGGGCAUUGAUUUGAAGACUAAGAACAGAAGCACACAAUUGGCAUGGCUCAUAUGGACAGAUACAAAAGAUUUGAACCACGUAAGAGAAAGCGCUGCACUUGUUGGGAAGCUGGUUGGUUUUAUUAACAUGGGCGAGGCCUCAAAGAAAACUUUUGGACUUGGCUUCUUAAUCGGACGUAAAAGCAGUGAAUCCCUCGAUUGGAAGGAUGCAAUGUCCCCUCUUUAA